GCGCGCGGCGCCGGUACUCGCAGUCGGGCGGCGGCAGCGGCUCAGCACAGCGCGCAGCGCACCCCGCGCCUCGGCCGCAGCGGCAGCAGCAGCGGAGGCUCCCCGUUGUCUCAGCCCCGCGCUGGUGCAGGCUCCCUCGGUCCUCCUGCGCGUCCUCCCUCCGUGUGCACCAUGGCUGACCAACUGACUGAAGAACAGAUUGCUGAAUUCAAGGAAGCUUUCUCCCUAUUUGACAAAGAUGGCAAUGAGACCAUCACCACAAAGGAACUUGGCACCGUCAUGAGGUCGCUGGGUCAGAACCCAACAGAAGCUGAAUUGCAGGAUAUGAUCAAUGAAGUGGAUGCUGAUGGCAAUGGCACCAUUGACUUCCCAGAGUUUUUGACCAUGAUGGCCAGAAAAAUGAAAGACACAGACAGCGAAGAAGAAAUCCGCGAGGCAUUCCGAGUCUUUGACAAGGAUGGCAACGGGUACAUCAGUGCGGCAGAGCUACGUCACGUCAUGACAAACUUAGGAGAAAAACUAACAGACGAAGAAGUAGAUGAAAUGAUCAGAGAAGCAGAUAUCGAUGGAGACGGACAAGUCAACUAUGAAGAAUUCGUACAGAUGAUGACUGCAAAAUGAAGACCUACUUUCAACUUGUUCCCCUCCUCUAGAAGAAUCAAAUUGAAUCUUUUACUUACCUCUUGCAAAAAGAAAAAAAAAAAUCAUUUACUCAUUCUGUUUCUAUAUAGCAAAACUGAAUGUCAAAAAGUACCUUCUGUCCACACACACACACACAAUCUGCAUGUAUUGGUUGGUGGUCCUGUCCCCUUAAAGAUCAAGCUACACAUCCGUUUUACAGUAUACAUCCUCGUACUACCUUAACGAUAUGGAAGCACUUAGCGGACUCCUUGCAGUUCCAUUUGCUAAUGAUUAAUAACACUGUGGGCUGGCCAGUUUUUCAUGCAUGCAGCUUGACAAUUGAGCACAGUCAGGCCUUUGUAUUAAAAAACGAAAACCGAAAAAAAAACACAAAAUUCAAAGCCUAUUCAAAUGGGUUCUAGUUCAGUUUGUUUAGUAGAAAUUGUCACCGUUGGUUUGCUGAAAAGCAAACGCAUUUCAAAUUGGUUUACCUCAGGAUGUCAUGUUUCUACAUGGGUGAAGGAUAAACUGUCUAGACGCAGCCCCACGUAGCAGGAUGAUAGUCCCUCUUGUACUUCCAUGUGCCCUGACCCGCGGUGAUGGUGAGGCAUCCGGUGGCGUGCCCACGCACGUUGGUUUAGCGUUGCCUGCCUCGUGCUAGAGCGAAAAAAUGGGGUGUCAGGCUGUCACCACUCACACAAAAUUUU